UGCUAAGACGCCCCGCUUGAGCCGGAGCGCAGCCCGCCUGGGUCCGCAGCCUUGUGCAAGCCUCGCGGCUGAGAGCGGUGGUUGGUCCUCAUCCCUCUUGGAUCACAUUGAUUCCGUCGCGCGCGAGUAUCGCCGAGUCUCCCGGGUGUUGAACCGGCGGCGGUCGUGGGGUGUUUGGCGAGGAGGCAGCGGCUACCCGCGGGGAUGUUUUUGUUAGUGGCCGUCCGUUCGCCCUCUCUGUCACCACAGAGCUUCGUGCCGCUAGCUGCGUUAGCUCCACUGCUAGUGACGGUUAGCCACCUAGCUGCUAGCUGAGAUCGGCUAGCUGCAUUUCCUCUCUUAGAUUCAAGGUUAGGGUUUUAAAAGCUCCCCGAGGCUGCUCGGUUCCUCACGUAAAUUAAAAAAGAAAGCUUUCUUUUCUUUAUUUUACAUUUGAAUUCUAUCGAUUCUCUCGAAUUUAAAGCUUUGCUAAUGUUCAAUUUAACCCUCUGAACAGAACACGAGGCUAAUUUGUUCUGCUUAUUUUUGACUUUUUUCAUCGCAGCAAUAUUCACGCAUGUAUUCUUGAUUUAAUAAUUUAGAAGUAAGCAGAGAAGAGCGCAUAUCAACGGCACAAUUUGAGAGGUAUUACAAUGUAAAUUUAGUCUACAUCAGAAAAUAAAUCAAGAUGUUUAACAUUCAUGAAUGCAAAUCAAUAAUAAUUUGACGCUACUGUUAUUCCUGCAAAGGAUAUUAUUGUUAUUCCUAUAUCAAAUAUAAUUUCUUGAUGCAGUAAUUAAUACCUUUUUAGCACAGUACAGCAGUCCGUGAACAUUUUUGUGAGACCUCAGAAUAUUUUUGGAAGGAGCGGCAUAGAAACAAAUGCUCAUUUGUGGGACAGGGGCUCCCUGAAAAUGUUUGUUUUUAUCUAGCAAUAAUCAAAGUCUGCGUAGUUAACUGACACAGCUGUGCAAUUGACAGUUAGUGGUUGGGUAAAUGGAGCGCGCUAUCUUCCCCUACUGCUUGACCUACCCCUAGUGGCCAAAGUGCUUUCGGGACAAAGCCUCGCGUUCACGUGUCUUUAUGCACAAGGACCCGCUGGCCACCAGUUAAGGUGCCAGGACAAGGACACUUGGCAGCAAAGGGCAUCCAAAGGAUGGCUCACUCUAAAGCUCGAGCCGCAGACGGGAAGGUGGCCUACCCCCCGGGGGUGAAGGAGAUCUCUGACAAGAUCUCCAAGGAGGAGAUGGUCCGCCGCCUCAAGAUGGUGGUGAAGACCUUCAUGGACAUGGACCAGGACUCGGAAGAGCAGAAGGAGCUCUACCUGAACCUGGCCCUGCACCUGGCCUCUGACUUUUUCCUCAAACACCCCGACAAGGAUGUGCGGCUGCUGGUGGCGUGCUGCCUCGCUGACAUUUUCCGAAUCUAUGCUCCUGAGGCACCUUACACCUCCCCCGACAAGCUUAAGGACAUUUUCAUGUUCAUCACCAGGCAGCUCAAAGGUCUGGAGGACACAAAAAGCCCUCAGUUCAAUAGAUACUUCUACCUGCUGGAGAACAUUGCCUGGGUCAAGUCGUACAAUAUCUGCUUCGAGCUGGAAGACAGCAACGAGAUCUUCACCCAACUCUACCGCACGCUCUUCCAGGUCAUCAACAACGGCCACAACCAGAAGGUGCAUAUGCACAUGGUUGACCUGAUGAGCUCCAUCAUCUGCGAGGGGGACACCGUAUCCCAGGAGCUGCUGGACACAGUCUUGGUCAACCUGGUGCCAGCCCACAAGAAUUUGAACAAGCAAGCGUACGACCUGGCCAAAGCGCUGCUGAAGAGGACGGCUCAGGCCAUCGAGCCAUACAUCACUAACUUCUUCAACCAGGUGCUGAUGCUGGGCAAGACAUCCGUGAGCGACUUGUCCGAGCACGUCUUCGACUUGAUCCUGGAGCUCUACAACAUUGACGGCCACCUCCUGCUCUCCGUGCUGCCCCAGCUGGAGUUCAAACUCAAGAGUAAUGACAACGACGAGAGGCUGCAGGUGGUCAAGCUGCUGGCCAAGAUGUUUGGCGCCAAGGACUCUGAGUUGGCGGCGCAGAACAAGCCGUUGUGGCAGUGCUACUUGGGCAGGUUCAAUGACAUCCACGUGCCCAUCCGACUGGAGUGCGUCAAGUUUGCCAGCCAUUGUCUAAUGAACCACCCUGACCUAGCUAAAGACCUCACAGAAUUCUUAAGGGUACGUUCGCACGACCCGGAGGAGGCCAUCCGCCACGACGUCAUCGUCUCCAUCGUCACCGCCGCCAAGAAGGACCUCUCUCUGGUGAACGACGCCCUGCUCAACUUUGUCAAAGAGCGUACCUUGGACAAGAGGUGGCGUGUACGCAAGGAGGCCAUGAUGGGCUUGGCGUCAAUCUACAGGAAGUACUCGCUGCAGGGUGAGGGUGGGCGUGAGGCGUCCAAGCAGAUCUCCUGGAUCAAAGACAAGCUGCUUCACAUCUAUUACCAGAACAGCAUCGACGACAGGUUACUGGUGGAACGCAUCUUUGCCCAGUACAUGGUCCCUCACAGCCUGGAGACGGCAGAGAGGAUGAAGUGUCUUUACUACCUAUACGCCACUUUGGACACUAAUGCUGUCAAAGCCCUGAAUGAGAUGUGGAAGUGUCAGAAUCUACUGAGGCACAACGUCAAAGACCUGCUGGACCUGGUCAAGAAGCCCAAGUCUGAAACUUCCAGCAAAGCUGUUUUCGCCAAAGUCAUGGUUAUCACCAGAAAUCUUCCAGAUCCAGGCAAGGCUCAAGAUUUUGUCAAGAAGCUGGCCCAGGUGCUGGAGGACGACGAGCGGAUCCGAGACCAGCUGGAGACGCUGGUCGGCCCUUCAUGCUCCUGCAAGCAGGCUGAGUUGUGUGUGCGAGACAUCACAAAGAAACUCGGCAGUCCCAAGCAGCCCAGUAAUCCUUUCCUGGAGAUGGUUAAGUUCCUUUUGGAGAGAAUUGCUCCCGUGCACAUCGACACAGAGUCCAUCAGCGCUUUGAUCAAACAGGUCAACAAAUCCAUAGAAGGAACGGCUGACGAUGACGAGGAGGGUGUUCUCACAGACAGCGCCAUCAGAGCCGGCCUGGAACUGCUUAAGGUGCUGUCCUUCACGCACCCAGUGUCCUUCCACUCGGCCGAGACCUUCGAGUCCCUGCUGGGCUGCCUGAAGAUGGACGAUGAGAAGGUGGCCGAGGCGGCGCUGCAGAUCUUCAAGAAUACAGGCGGCAAGAUGGAGGAGAGCUUCCCGCACAUCAAGUUUGUCUUGCUGCCGGUGCUGCAGUCCAAAGCCAAGCGGGGCCCGCCUCGUCAGGCCAAAUACGCCAUCUACUGCAUCAAUGCCAUGUUUGCCAACAGAGACACUCACUUUGCGCAGAUCUUUGAGCCGUUGCACAAAGGUCUGGACCCAGCCGACCUGGAGCAGCUCAUCACCCCUCUGACCACGCUCGGUCACCUGGCCCAGCUGGCCCCCGAGCAGUUUGCCGCCCCCCUCAAGUCUCUGGUGGCCAACUUCAUUGUGAAGGAUUUGCUCAUGAACGACAGGAUUCCAGGCAAGAAGACCACCAAGCUUUGGGUUCCCGACGAUGAGGUUUCUCCCGAGACCAUGGCCAAGAUCCAGGGCAUCAAGCUGAUGGUGCGCUGGCUGCUGGGCGUGAAAAACAACCAGAGCAAGUCUGGCAACUCCACGCUGCGCAUGUUGACGGCCAUCUUGCACAGCGACGGAGACCUCACAGAGCAAGGGAAGAUGGGCAAACCCGACAUGUCGAGGCUCCGCCUGGCCGCCGCCUGUGCCCUGCUGAAGCUGGCCCAGGAGCCGUGUUACCACAAGAUUAUCACGCUGGAGCAGUACCAGCUGUGUGCGCUGGUCAUUAACGAUGAGUGCUACCAGGUGCGUCAGGGCUUUGCGCAAAAACUGCACCGGGGCCUGUGCCGCCUGCGCCUCCCUCUGGAGUACAUGGCCGUGUUCGCCUUGUGUGCCAAGGACCCAGUCAAGGAGCGGCGAGCUCACGCGCGCCAGUGCCUGGUCAAGAACGUCAACAUUCGGCGCGAGUACCUCAAGCAGCAUGCUGCCAUCAGCGACAAGCUUUUCUCGCUGCUGCCCGAGUAUGUGGUGCCGUACGCCGUCCACUUGCUGGCGCACGACCCAGACUACGUCAAAGUGCAGGACAUCGAGCAGCUCAAAGACAUCAAAGAAGCGUUGUGGUUUGUGCUGGAGAUCAUCAUGGCCAAGAACGAGAACAAUAGCCACGCCUUCAUCAGGAAGAUGGUGGAGAACAUCAAGCAAACAAAAGACGCACAGUCGCCCGCUGACUCCAAAACCAACGAGAAACUGUACACGGUGUGCGACGUGGCCAUGCACAUCAUCAUGUCCAAGAGCACCACCUACAGCCUGGAGUCGCCCAAAGACCCCAUUCUGCCCAGCACCUUGUUCACAAAGCCCGAUAAGAAUAUCAGCAACACAAAAUAUUAUCUUCCGCCUGAGAUGAAGUCGUUCUUUGCGCCAGGAAAGCCCAAGUCUGCCAAUGUCCUGGGCGCUGUCAACAAACCGCUGUCGUCGGCCGGCAAACAGAUCCAGAGCAAAGCGUCCCGCAUGGAGACAGCCAGCAAUGACGACUCCUCCUCCAGUCCGGGCUCGCCACAACGCGGCAAGAGCAGGCACGACAGCGCUGAAAUGGACCACAGUGAAAAUGAGGACUUGAGCAGAAAGCGAGCGGACAGCGCCGACAAGGAGAGUGAGAAGCCUCGUGGUCGCAAGCGCGGCCUGACUGCUGGCGACGCCGCCGACAUCAAACGCGGACGCAAGAAGGCCACGACCGUGACGGAGGCUGAGGACAUGUGGGGAGAUGAGGACAACAGGCCCGAGGACGAGCAAAACAAUCCUCCCAAGAAGGGACGCAGGGGGCGGCCCCCCAAGGCGGCCGCAUCGGGCAAUCAGGAUGCAUUGCCCGCCAAAGGGAAGAGAGAGCGCAAGAAGGCAGCGCCGCCCCCAGAGGACGACGAUGACAAAGAGGACGACGAGGAGAGGCCCGACGAGGACGACGACGACGAGGAGGACGGUGGUGGCGGCGCUGAGAAUGUGGAAGUCAAGACCCGGACUGGACGACAGGCCAGGACUCCCAGACGAUCGCAAAGCUCCGACGUGGCGGAGUUGACGCCGCAGAAGAGGAGAGGACGACCGCCCAAGUCGGCGCAACCUCCCCCCAAGAAACCCACGCGGGGAGGACGGUCAAAGGGGGGAGCCGCUAAAGACGACUCUGAGGACGAGGAAGACCAGGAGGAUGACGAAGUGCAGGAGGAGCCCACACCUAAGGACGGCAGUUUCCUAUAUGUUUGGCAGUUCAGCAUUAAAACGCGAUUGCGUCGUCAGCCCAAGUAUUGACUCAACUCAAAGGGACAGCGUGUAGGAUUUUUUUUGCCAUUGUGUGGUCAGUUGCAAGUGCGUGCAUUUAGAAACGAUCGCAGUUUGUGAGCUGUGUGACAUCACAAAAGACUUGCGCAAGUGACAGCAUAAGCACUUUGCGUUUUUGAGACAUUUGAGACAAUGAUCCCAUUGUCUCCGUCAUCAUAUAUGGCAACCUACGUCCUAUGACUCGCCAUGACCAGAUGGGAAAGAAAUGUGCGAAGGUUGACGCCAUAUGAGGUUUGGUGUCAUCCUUUUCAAACGAGAAGUGGCUUUUUAAAAAGUGUCCCUUUAAGACGCAUCGAGGUUGUUUGCGACGUUUAUUGGACAUAGUUUGUGGCUCCGUUCAGGCUCCUUACAAGCUGCUUUUU